AUGAUCAAAGUCUCCACUCUUGAGUAUCCCGACACAAUCCCUCUCUCGACUCGCGCCAACAUACGCAUACACCCCCCUCGCGAAUGCGAUCCGGAAUGGACUUCCAAAAACAAAGGCCCGGGAGACACGCUACCCUCUUUCCCGGCCCUCAUUUCGCUCCCCAAUCCUCUGGCCAAUCCUGCAUUGUACGCUGCUGCUGCUGAUACUAUUCGCAUCUCCAACUGGCGCUUCAAAGAGCAUGCCCCUUACACGCAAGUUCUAAAGGAGGAACACGUGAAGCAACUAGCGAAGGGCUGGAGGCUGAUGUAUCCCGAUGAGGUGAAGUACCCAUUUCCGCCAGAUCUACGAACACUGUACGUCAAGACUGACGACAAACACCCCGCACCGGCGGAAGGAGGGCUUCCUUUAUGGACGCAAGCAUGCGAGGAGUUUCAGGAGAUGAAUGGCUUCGAAAAGCCUGCGUUUCUGAGCAAGACGCGUGCGCAGCACAAUCGCGAGAACGAACUUGAUGGACAUGGUAUUGAAAAGGCCGAAAAGUUGUAUCUGCGCAUCUUCAAACGCUACUUGGUUUGGAAGGAGCAUGCUGAGAAGGAGGACGAGAGGCAUGAUCAGCAACCAACGCGUAAGGAGCUGCAGGAUUUCUUUGCAAAGGCCGAGGUUCAAAAGAAUGGAGCAACGUUGGCGGAUAUCUGCCAGAGUUUUCCGGAAGCGAAAGAUAUCGAGAUGCUGGUUUUCCGCAUCGAGGGCGUUGCGGUGUACACAGACAAGCCUGACGAGGAAGGAGACCCUGUUGAGAGUGUAUACAUGCCCAAACCUGCCCCAACCAAGGACAAGAUUGAAGAAGUGGUCAUGGCAGCACUCACUGAACACGGUGCAAUUUCUUUGGAAAAACUCCUGAAGCUAAUCUAUCCGCUUGGCUUUGGUCACGAGCAAGCCUUCGCAGCCGUCAUCAAGAAACUAGCAAAGCCAACUCUGACAGGGGACAAUUUUGCCCUCGAGUCAUCACCAAGUCCAUCAGCCGCGCAAAUCCGUUCGAUCCUGUCCCCGGUAAAUGGACUUACCUUUAAAUAUCUCGUUCAAUCCUUUUCCGGCCGCCUCCUAGAAGAGUCCGCACUACUAGCACCACUGAGCGAGGCCGCAUACCAAGACACCGACGGUCUCUGGUACCUACGCCUUAUUGAGACCAACGGUGAGGUUGUUAUGGACGAGGGGCUGAAUAGGCAGUAUCGCGCCAUAGAACGUCUCCAUCACAUGAUCAACAAUUCUCGACUGGAAUUGGUGCACUUGCUGAACGAUGUUGUGGUCUGGGACUCGAAUACUGGGCGGUAUAUGAAGAAGGCCAAGACGCCGGAAGCCAUCGAGAUCUACCGGGAGGUGGUAACAACGCCCAUCCCAUCGCCAAGCCCAACUGAGGUCGGCACUCCUCCACCACAACCACCACCUUCCCCCGAAGGCAGGGCAAACCAGAGUAGGGGUAAGCGCAAGCACGUAGAGGAGGAUAAGCCUAAGCAGCUGUCGAAGAAGACCAAGCGCCAGCCACAAGGGGAUGAUGACACCAUACUGGUGCGAUGCAAUGGUGUGACCCAGCAGAUGAGGCAGUGCAAGAAGAAGCAGCGUCGCCCGAGGGGUGAGACCUUUAACUGUGGCAAGCACAAGUAG